GUCUUCUGCUCUGCCAUCCUUCCUCCAGACCAAGCCGUGCUGAUUCCUGCGGGUGCUCUCCCUCCAAUCCGAGGCACCAGCAGUCGCCGACGGCCCUUUUCCUCCUCGCGCGAACGGGCUCGCUAACUGGGACAACAGGCGCUACCCCCUGUCUCCCUCCCCUCCCUCUGCCCCUCCCACUCCUGGGAUAUCCUUUGGCCCAGGACAUCCAGCCAACGCCAUGUGGAUCCAAGCCAAGCUCUCGACCGUCCUCGUGCUGGCCGUAGCCCCGGCCUUGGUGCAGUCGUUUGGUCUCCAGAUUCUGGCGCCCUCCGCCGGGUCUGAGAUCAGAGUCACCGGCAAGAGCCCCUCGGUCACGCUCCAAUACGGUGGCGACGGACCCUUCGCAGCCGGCCAGUGGGUCGACAUGCUCUGCCAGAGCAUUGAGCUGCCCUCGGUCAUCGACAGCUGCGAGGGCCUGACGGUCUCACGCUCGACCCAACAGACCGCCUCCUUCGACAUUCCGUUGGGCCGCUUCCCCAACGGCCACAUCCAACUCAUCUUCUGCCCUCCUGGCUCAGCCAGCGCCUUCACCGCCGGAUCCCCUUCGUCUUGUUUCGUGGCUCCCCAGCAGUUUGCCUACUACGAACCCAACAAUCCUGCUACUCUUCCCGCCAACAAUAUCGUCCAUAUUGUGACUACUUCUGCUGCCCCUGCUCCAUCUCCUCCAUCUCCUCCAUCUCCUCCUCCUCCUCCACCUCCACCACCACCACCCCCUCCUCCUCCUCCUCCUCCUCCUCCUGCAACCUCUGCUGGCCCUCAGUCUACCGCCACAGCAGACCACGUUUCCAGCUCAGUCCCCGCCCCUGUCCCCCUCCAACCUACCCCCAUUGUCCGCACGGCUGUCGGCCCGAUCCAAACCAGCAUCGCGCCCACAGGCGGAGCAGUCGUUCAGCCUCCGCCCCCGGCACCCCUCUCCCCCGAACCAGGCUCAGUCUCUAAUGUCCCCGGUACCAUGACCAACGGCCUCCCAGCUGCCACGGUUGCCGGUAUCAUCGCUGGCUGCGUGGGACUUGUCAGUGUCCUGCUCGUCGCGGGAUUCGUUCUCAAGCGCCAGCGCGACGUUGCGGCUGCCGACCAAAAGUUGCCCAUGCGCAUCAUCAUCCCGCCGUCGCCCGCAUUCUCGUUCAAUCCCUCGGAGGUCUCUGUGCCGUCAACCCCCAGACUCAUGGAUGCCUCCACAGUCCCGCCCUCGCUGCCGAGACUCGCAACCUUCACUCCGGAGAUGGACCAUAGCGUCAUUAUCAACGAAGCCGGGCUGACGCUCCAUUCUCAGAGCACCGACAGCACUAUCCCUCGACCGCCGCUGGUUCCGAUCGAGGUGCCCAUGAUUGUCUAUCCCGAGGAAUUUGCCAUCGAGGAUGCCGAUCGCCCCGUCAUCGUUGGGACGUUCGAGGUCCAUCCUAUCGAGAACCCGCAUUUCCAUGUGGUCGCCGAGCAGGACAUCCUGAACUGCCCCGGAUCCCACCACUCGACCCAGUUUGAGAUCCUGAGCGAUAGUGCCUCCGUCUUGGACUCGGAGAUUGAUGCCUAGAAAGCGCCGGACUGGGGCACGCUGCUUUGGUCGAUUUGGGGCGUGACAUGCGAGGGGAAGGUCUUCGUCUUCAAAUCCACCCGCUGGACUGACAGGCAUCGGUAGUAGACCCGAAAUCCAAGUAAUGGCUAUUGCGAUUUACACGCUAUGUAAUCCCUCUUCCAAUCUAUCUUUCUCUCUCUAUCUCUCUAUCUCU